GACACCCCCCCCAUCUCACCAUGUUGCUGCCCUCCGACGUGGCUCGCUUGGUGCUAGGGUAUUUACAGCAAGAGAAACUUUUGACCACAUGCCGAACAUUUAUAGUGGAAAGCUCAGAUUUAAAAGAGUAUGCAGAGCACUGCACAGGGGAUGGCUUUGUUCCAGCUUGUUUAUUGUCUCUGUUUGGAAAAAACUUGACCACCAUCCUGAAUGAGUACAUAGCAAUGAAAACAAAAGAAGAAACUCCACAUGAUGUUCCUGCAAUGAUGUCGUCCUUGUGGAAGAAGUUGGACUACACACUGUCUCAGAUCAGGAGCAUGCAGAAUUCUAGUGCGUUUUCUGCUUACCAAAGGGGCCGCACAAGAAGCACAAUUGCAGAUAUGAAAAAGCAGAAGUGUCUCCAGUCGUCAGCCUCGUCCAGUUCUGGAUCAUCAUGUCUGUUGCUUCAGCCAGGACAGCUGAGCUGUGCUCCAAUGACAGCCACGCAAGUCAUUCUUAAUCCAGUUGCAACUCCAAGUCAGGCUCAGACAAGAUCAGGCGCUGCAUCUGCACACCAGCCCCAAGCUCAGGAAAACAGCAAUAACAGAGAUUCUCUCAGUUUAGUUUCUGCGGCAGUUCAAGAACAGAAGCUUCACUCAAGUACGAUGUCUCCAGGAAAACGAAGAAGUGACUCCCAAAAGAAGAAAAACAUACCCUCUGGACCACAGUCGUCGAAUAGUAGCGCAGAGGAUUCUCCUACAGUGGAAGAAGAGAGUUCACCCAUGGAAGAAGAAAGUGAGCCACUUGAAGAACUUAUAGAUGGCAAUUUCCCUCAAAUGGUUAUUGAAAAUGCCAGGGAGAAAAUUCUGAGCAACAAAUGUCUUCAGGAGAAGCUGGCUGAAAAUAUUAACAAAUUCUUGGGCAGCGAUGGUGCUAUUUCUCAGACUCCAAAGCAACCAGAGAGUGGCCCUACAAUACAAGAGUCUUCAAUUGAUGAGUUCCUUGGUCUCCAACAGGGUGAGAUUCACAUGACUGAGGAGGCCAUCCGGGAAAUUCUGGAGCAAACAGAGUCGGAUCCUGCAUUUCAAGGACUCUUUGAUGUGUUUGAUUUCGGUAAAACCAAGGGUAUAAAAAAUGCUUCUCAUAACAUGCUUGUUCAGAGUGGAGGGGAAGAGAAUACCAUGUUGGUGGAUGAAGAAAACCUGCAAGCACUUGAAAGCUAUAUUGGAACAAAAGAAAUUAGUGGUGCUUCUCAAGAGAGAUUGUCCUACACAGGAGAUCAUUCCAAAGAGGCAACUUGUAUCCUGAAGGCUGGUGGCAAUGAUGUGAUCCUGGAGGAACAUCUGAAGAUGCAAAGUAUAAUGGGUGGAGAAUUUCAAGGGGUCUCUGAAGUGAGGACUGAAACUGAUUCAGAUGAAACAGGAUUGGAUAGCCAACAGCCCCAGCAUAAAACUACCUUUGAAACUGAGCCAGAUCAUGUUUCCGCACCCGAGUUCAAUGUAAACAAUGCAGGUUCUUACCAACAGCAAGAAACAGCAUCAAGUAGAAUAGAUACGGAAACCGAAACGGGUCUUUUGCAUCAGGAUGUCCAAAGCUUACCUGAAUUGCAGUACGAUCAGUUGGAUGCUCAACAGAAGUCCCUCUCAGAAAGAGCUGAGUGUUGUUCAUUUCCUGAUAAUAUAUUAUCUGAGAAAAAUGCAAAAUUGCUCUCUCCUCUCUGUUCUGGUCACAGUGAGAUGCCGGAAGGAACAAAUGUAGCCGACUCUCACCAUUUGGAAGAGUCAAAUAAAACUGUGGAGGUGGUAGCUCAAGGAUCUCCUUUGCUUCCUGCUCCCAGUCAGCAAAAUCCCACCAGUCCUACUCUCUCCAACUUGCAAGAUCAGAAUAAAUCGACAUUAGAUUCCAUUACAGCGUCUGUAGUCGAUGCACCAGAUCCAGCUGCAAUAGAGCUCCAACUUGAAGUGGUAGAUACUUCCAACAGUGUGCAUUCUGAGGAUCAGCUUGUGCUUGAAGAGUCUUGUUCCAAAUACCAAAACCGUAAAUCAGCAGAUUCUGAGGCGACACUGGUAGAAAGGCAGGAGCCAUCAUCUUCUACAAAACCAGAUGCUGAUAGCUUUUUUCUGUCUUCUGACAACGAGAAACGUUCAGAAACGCCUGUGGAAAGCAAUCCCACCGCAGCCACCACUUGCUGUUCUCCUCCUCCAGAGCCAGCCGGAGAAUCAAGUCCAGGGACCAAAGCAGAAGGCAGCAUUUCAUCUAGUAGUCAAGCCCCUGACGAAGAUCCCUCCAGUAUCGUCUCCCUAAAAAUCAUCAUCAGUGACGACCCCUUCCUUUCAUCAGAUGCUGAGCUGAACAGUGCCGUUUCCAGCAUCACGGGAGAUAAUUUGCCAACUAUCAUAUUGUCUUCUCCAGCAAAGUCACCAGCCAGGGUGACGGGACCAGCCAGGUGCUUAGUAAAUCCAGAAGAGACUGAAAGAACGGGGGAGUCAGCUUUGGGAGAACAGAAUCUUCUCAUCAUUAGAGCUCAAGAUUCUGUCGUGGGUACGCUCAACGCUCAGAAUGAAGAGUGCGCCGUAUUUUCCGUUGCUGGGGCGUCCAGUGUUGCCAAGGAUGGGGGAUUUAUACAGCUGAUGCCAGGCACGAGCACGUCUUUUGGCAACUCCAGCAGUGUCUAUAUCACAACCUGUGUGACUGAGACAACAGCUCUGAGUACAAAUGUUAUUCCAUCAAAUUUAGUCGUGUUGCCAGGCAAUUCAACAUCCCUCGCAUCGCAGGUCCCGACAGCACAGCAGUUACGGACGCCUCCCAGAACCAACAGCUUGUUUGCCAUGAACCCACCACUGUCUCCAAACUUUUCCCAGGGUUCUGCCAUUAUAAUCACAUCUCCGGUGCAGCCUGUGUUGCAAGGAAUGGUGGGAAUGAUUCCUGUAUCUAUAAUGGGACAAAGUGGAAAUGCAUUCUCGGAUCCUUCCCGUCAGAUCCUGCACAUGCCUGUACAGACUUCUCUAUGCAGUGGAGGUGUUCCGAAAUUACCUCUCCCUCCCAAAUCUCAGAAAUUCCCGAGAGGCAAGUCAAAUGCUGGAAAGCUAAAAAUGGAUCAGAAUGGGUCAGAUCGUGUAAAUCGUCCUGGUUCUCGUGUGCAAAGGGCUGGGAAGUCGGAGAGGAAUGCUUGUGCCAACUUGAGAAAGAAGCUAGAGGCUGUUGCUGUUGACACCAAAAGCUCCAGUCCCAAGCAAAGCGGAAGCCACAGAAGAGUGCUUUGCUUUGACAGCGCUCUGGGUGGUGCAGGAGGGAGCCCUCCAGCUUCACAGAAAGAAAGGAAUGAAAGCUCUUUACUCUCUGGGCAUUCUCCCAGUGGAGCACCUUUGUCUGCUAAAACCCAGCCCAGCAAACGUGAGCGAGAGAGGACGUUGCCUAGAAUUUUGUGUAAGCCAGACAUCACUAAUCGGAGCACGGCUGUGAAAGAAGCCCAGUCUGAGAGGAAGGUGUCUGGCCCAGGACUGGCCUCCGACCUGUUGAGAAAGCAGACCGCCAAUAAAGAGAAUGAGCUCGAAAGAGGUGUGGACAAAAAAAGUCCUAACCACGAAGUGGCUUCCCUGUCCAACGGCCAACAAAGUAUUAACCUUCAUGCUGAGAAGAACGGCUUACCUGCACAAGAGCCUACUAAAAAGCCGGGGUUCCCACUGAAUGCAAAUAGCAAAAAUUCGGGAGUUUUGACUUCGAAGGAGCCUAAGGACCAAACAAAAUCUCCUAGCCAAGCCCACUGCUUGACCAGCCCGUUAACCAAACAAGCCGUGGAGCUUCUCCAUGACAUUCAGAAGCAUAGCCCUGCCACAAAACUUCCUGAAAACGGGGAUUUGCCAGUACCCCGUACCCCUUCUGGAACUGGGGAUAGACACUCAGAGGACACCUUUGAUAUGAUAAGGACACCAACAUGUAAACGAUAUAGUGAGGAUAGUACUACGCCCAGGAUCAUGGUCCCUCCAGCGACCCCUGACCUGCCAGCCUGUAGCCCAGCUAGUGAGACGGGCAGUGAAAACAGUGUUAGCAUGGCUGCCCACACGUUAAUGAUACUUUCGCGAGCAGCUAUUGCAAGGACAAGUACGAAUACACCCCUCAAAGACAAUGCCCAACAGUUUAGGCCUCUAAGGAACACAGCAAAAAAAAGGAAACAGGAUGACGGGGUAGAGUGUGAGAGAAAUUCUCGGACUGCCAGCAAAAAGGACCCUCAGAACUUCACAGUGCCAUUAAAAAAGAAGAAAGCAAAGCAGAAGAAGCUGCCGAUUUCCUUUCCUGCUGGAAUGGAUGUGGAUAAGUUCUUGUUAUCGUUGCAUUAUGAUGAAUAAUGAACUGUCUUGAUUUCAGAUCAUGUUGCUCUCUGGUGAGUUUAAGGAAAUCAAAUUGUAUGCUGCACACUUGGAAAACUGAAGUUUUCACUUUGUAAAAG